AUGAGCUCUGGUGGGGGAGACGGUGGUAGCCCCGGCGACGGGGACCUACCGCGGCAAAACACCACCUCGCCUUCUGUGCCGCCUGGGACAGCAGCUGGGAAAGCGACUGGAGUCCCGCCCGGGCCGGGCCCCAGUAACCGCUCCGCGAAGGGCGGGACUGGCCAGAGUGAGAAACCCGAGACCCGCUCGGUGUGUAGUAACAGCAGCUGGGAAGCCGGCGGGGGCGGUGCCGGCCCCAUCUGCAAGAUCUGCUUCCAGGGCGCUGAGCAGGGUGAGUUGCUAAAUCCUUGUCGCUGUGAUGGCUCUGUAAGAUAUACACAUCAACUCUGCCUACUGAAGUGGAUCAGUGAAAGAGGAUCAUGGACUUGUGAACUCUGCUGCUACAGAUACCAUGUUAUAGCAAUUAAAAUGAAAAGGCCUUGCCAGUGGCAGAGCAUUACUGUAACACUGGUUGAGAAGGUACAGAUGAUUGCUGUAAUUUUGGGAUCAUUAUUCUUAGUAGCAAGUGUAACUUGGCUUCUGUGGUCAGCCUUCAGUCCCUAUGCAGUAUGGCAAAGAAAGGACCUCCUUUUUCAAAUCUGCUAUGGGAUGUAUGGUUUUAUGGAUCUAGUAUGCAUAGGACUUAUUGUACAUGAAGGUGCAUCAGUUUGCAGAGUAUUUAAGCGUUGGAGGGCUGUCAAUUUGCACUGGGAUGUACAAAAUUAUGACAAAGCAACAGACAUAGAAGAGAGCACUCAAGGAGAAUCCUCCACAGCUAGGACUUUGUGGCUACCACUAAAUGCAUUGAGAAACAGAAAUUUAGUUCAUUCAACACAGUUAACUUCACCAAGAUUUCAAUGUGGCUAUGUUUUAUUACAACUCUUCAGUCGAAUGAGACCUCCAGAGGAUUCAUCAGAUGACAACAGUUCUGGGGAGGUUGUUAUGAGAGUGACUUCAGUGUAAAAGUUAUGAUCAUUUUGCUUUAUACACAAGGACAUUUUGCCCAGAACUUGUGAAAUAUUCUAGAAUG